CCUGCGCAUGCUCCGCGCGCCGCCGGGCCGUGUCUCCAGUGCGUGUGUAUGCGUGUGUCACCCGCGCGCCAACGCUCCCGGCCCGCCGGCCACCUCGGGACCGGGCAGGUGGGACCCGCCGUGCAGGGUAAGCGGGCUCGGAGCCAGCGCAGGGCCGGGCGCCGCUACGGACAGCCCGCCCGGAGGCGGCCCGGCACGGCCUGACCCCGCCGCCCGGCCGGGGAGUGGGUGAGGGAGGAGAAGGAGGCGGAGGCGGCCGCCCGGCGUCCGGACUCCCGCGCAGCGCCGCCCGGCGCCGGACGAGGUAGCCGCGGCCCGCGAUGAAGUGAGGAGGCCGCCGCCAGCAGACACUUCCGCGUUGCGGGAGGCCGCACGGGUCUAGCGGGAGGGUCCCGCCGCUCCGCAGCCGCGCCGGCCAGCGCCUGCCCCCAGCCCCGGCGGCGGCCCCGGCACAGGCCCGUGCGCGACCUGAGGGACCCUGCAUGUGGUGGCGCGCCUCCAUGUGAGGCGGCGCGGCGGGGCAGGCUGCGAGGCGGGCCGGGCGCCGGCGGCCGGCCGGAGAGCGAGGGAACGAGUGAGGCCCCGGUGCCGGCCGGCGGGUGUCCCCGGGUGUCUGCGCGGCGCCGGGUCUCCAUGGCGCCGGCAGCGCUCUGAGGGAGGCGGCGGUGGUGGAUUCCCUAGGCCGCGUCCUCGUCCUCGGCUGUGAGUGAGCUCGAUGCCGAGCACCUCGGACGCGGCGGCCGGCGGGAGCGGGGGAAGCCGGGGCUGGGGGAGCGGCGGCGGCAGCAGCUCGGCAGUGGAGGCGGCAGUCGACAAGAAGCGGCUGCAUCACCGGAGACGGAAGCGCUUCGUGGCCCAGCCGCAGCCUCCCCCCCCGCCGCCGGCCCCUCACCCGCUGCUUUUCCCGCUGCUACAGCCGCCCCUCCUGCAGCCCCCGCUCCUGCAGCCGCCGCUGCCGCCGCAGUCCCUGCUCUUCCUGGCGGCCACCGGCGCCUCCUCCUGCUGCGGGGACGGGGGGGAGCGGAAGCGACCGCGGGGAAAGCGGCGCUCGGGCUCCCGGCACAAGCGGCGGAGGGGCCGCGGAGGUGGUGGUGGCGGCGGCGGCGGUGGCGCCGGUACCCAGGAGGCAGACAAACGGCGCGGUAGCGGGGGGCUGAGCACGCUGGUGGAGGAGUACGACGACGUGAGCUCCCAGUCCGAAGGGCUGGUGGGUGGCGGCGCGACCGGCGGCGGCGCGGGCAGCGGCGGGGGAAGCCCGGCCUCGUCCACGGGCGGUGGCGGCGGGACUCAGCGGCAGAGGCCUGAGGCAGAGCGGAGCAGCCGGUCUCGCCGGGAGCACCGCAGCAGCAGCGGCCGCUCCAAGGAGCGGCACCGGGAGCACCGCCGGCGGGGGGAGGAGAAGGCGCAGCAGGAGGGGGCGUCGGCGGGCCGUGGGUUGACUGAGCCCUCCUCGUCCUCCUCCAAGUCCCGCAGCCGCCACAAUCACACCGGGGGCCAGGACCGGGAGGGACUCAAGAGCAGUAGCGGCGGCGGCAGCGACGGCCGCAGGAAGGGCUCCCUCUCUUCGCCCGGCAGCAGCAGGAAGGAGCGAGAGAGCAAAGCGCACCGGAGCCGGACUAAAGCGGCCAAGGAGCCGCCCUCGGCUUACAAGGACCCACCGAAGGCUUACCGAGAUGACAAGCCUGAGCCCAGGGCCUACCGGCGGCAGCGCUCGUCCCCCAGCCCCGGGCGGGAUGACAGCCCCCCUUUGCACCGCUCCUCUCAGAGUCAGCGCAGCCGCAAGUCGCUCAGCCCGCUGGGCUGCCGCUCGCCUCUAAGCCCCUACAGCCGCCGCCGCUCCCCCAGCUACAGCCGGCACAGCUCCUACGAACGCGGUGGGGAUGUGUCUCCAAGCCCCUACAGCAGUUGGCGUCGGUCGCGGAGCCCCUACAGCCCCGUUAUCCGGAGAUCAGCAAAAUCUCGAAGUAGAAGUCCAUAUUCAUCAAGGCACUCGAGGUCUCGUAGCAGACACAGAUUAUCUAGAUCCAGAAGUCGUCAUUCAAGUAUCUCUCCUAGUACAUUGACUCUGAAGAGUAGCCUUGCUGCUGAGCUGAACAAAAACAAGAAAGCAAGAGCUGCUGAGGCAGCCAAAGCCAGUGCAAAAGCUUCUAAUACUUCAACACCUACUAAGGGAAGUACUGAUGCUGCAGUAAGUGCGCCUCAAGUGAACAAUGUAAAGGACCUAAAGAAAAUAAAAACUGAGCAUACACCUUCUCCUACGAGCAGUGUGAAUUUGAAGAAUGACAAAGCAAAAGCAAAGGUCUCGCUUCCUGAAACAAAAGGGGAAAAUAAUUUAAUUGCAGACAAAAUUACUAAACAGAAACCUACAGCAGUAAAAGAGAAUAAACUAGCUGUUGUAAAACAGCCACCCGUCACUGUAAAAGAGAAAAGCAAACCGAGUACACCAAGUGUAGUAACCAAGGAGAAGGAGCGAGUUGUUACGCUACCAACCUCCACACUGCCACCCUUGCCUUUGCCUCCCACGCUGCCUGAAGAUAAAGAAACUGAUAGUUUGCAAGAGAAUCUUUCAGUGAAGUCAGUUAAAGAAACAGAGAAGAAACUUCGCCAUCUGCUUGCAGAUUUGCCACUUCCACCUGAGUUGCCUGGAGGUGCUGACUUAUCUAAAAGUCCUGAAGAAAAGAAACCAGCAGUUCAGUUACACAGCAAGAGAAGACCAAAAAUAUGUGGACCACGACAUGGUGAAACAAAAGAAAAAGAAAUAGAUUGGGGAAAGCGCUGUGUGGAUAAAUUUGAUAUCAUUGGUAUUAUUGGUGAAGGCACUUACGGGCAAGUUUACAAAGCCAGAGAUAAAGACACAGGGGAAAUGGUAGCACUAAAGAAAGUACGUCUGGAUAAUGAAAAGGAAGGGUUUCCCAUAACAGCUAUUCGGGAGAUUAAGAUUCUUCGACAGCUUAAUCACCAAAGCAUUAUCAACAUGAAGGAAAUAGUGACAGACAAGGAAGAUGCUUUGGACUUCAAGAAGGACAAAGGUGCAUUUUACCUGGUAUUUGAGUACAUGGACCAUGACUUGAUGGGACUGCUGGAAUCUGGUUUGGUUCAUUUUAAUGAAAACCAUAUUAAAUCUUUUAUGAGACAGCUGAUGGAGGGCUUGGCCUAUUGCCAUAAGAAGAACUUUUUGCACAGAGAUAUCAAAUGUUCAAAUAUUCUACUAAAUAAUAGAGGGCAGAUAAAGCUUGCAGAUUUUGGGCUUGCUCGGCUGUACAACUCUGAAGAAAGCCGACCAUACACCAACAAAGUUAUUACGCUGUGGUAUCGGCCUCCUGAACUUCUGCUGGGAGAAGAAAGAUACACACCAGCUAUCGAUGUCUGGAGCUGUGGCUGCAUCCUGGGUGAACUUUUUACAAAAAAGCCAAUAUUUCAAGCAAAUCAAGAACUUGCUCAACUGGAACUUAUAAGCCGAAUUUGCGGGAGUCCUUGUCCAGCAGUGUGGCCUGAUGUCAUAAAAUUAGCUUAUUUCAACACAAUGAAACCAAAGAAGCAGUAUCGCCGAAAGCUGAGGGAAGAGUUUGCUUUCAUCCCACCAGCUGCAUUAGACUUAUUUGAUUACAUGCUUGCCCUGGAUCCCAGCAAGCGCUGCACAGCUGAACAAGCUCUUCAGUGUGAGUUUCUGCGAGAUGUGGAACCAUCUAAAAUGCCUCCUCCAGACCUUCCUUUGUGGCAAGAUUGCCAUGAGCUUUGGAGUAAGAAGCGCAGAAGACAGAAGCAGAUGGGCAUGACUGAUGACUCAACAGCAGCUAAAGUCCCUAGGAAGGAUCUGUCUCUCGGCAUGGAUGAGAGCAGAACCAACACCCCACAAGGCAUGCAAACUUCUUCCCAACUCAAAACUCAGGGCAACUCUAGUGUAGCACUUGCUAAAACAAGCACUGGACAGCAGUUAAACCAGAAUGAAGUGGCAAUCCUGCUAAACCUGCUACAGUCUAAAACAAGUGUUAGUUUGGCACAGUUUGCCCAAGUGUUGAAUAUUAAGGUAAACCCAGAGACUCAGCAGCAACUAAAUAAAAUAAAUCUUCCUGCUGGAAUUUUGUCAGCAGGUGAAAAACAGUCAGAACAGCAGCAGCAACCACCGCCGCCACCACCACCGCCACCAGAGCAGGAGCCUCUCAAACAGCCGACGGUCACCCAGCCUCCUGUACCGCCUGCUCAGCUGAAUCAGCCUAAAGUUGAGACUGAUGCUGCCCAGGCAGCUGUGCAGAGUGCAUUUGCUGUUCUGUUGUCUCAGUUAAUAAAGGCUCAGCAAACAAAACAAAAAGAUUUUGUGUUGGAGGAGAAGGAAAACGGAUCAGGAAAUGAAAUGUCGUUACCACUCAGGCAGCCUCCAGAGCCUACCACUCCUGUGUCUGUCAGCCGGGAGGACGUGGAAUCUCCAGCACCCAGCUACCCACAUCUGAUCAAGUCGUUAUAUACAUCUGCAGGUCAAGAGGAUUUGGUUAGGCAACCUGAGAUGAGGCUUCUAAACCGAACACCCGAACAAGAGCGCCCUCGGAUCUUGCCUCCAGACCAGCGUCCCCCAGAGCCACCGGAGCCUCCGCCUCUCACUGAUGAAGACCUUGAUUAUCGGACAGAGAACCAACAUUUGCCUAUAACUAACUCUUCAGGAACAGAUCCUCACGCAGGAGUGAAAGCAGCCCUUCUGCAGCUGCUUGCUCAGCAUCAAGCUCAGGCGACAACAGAGGAGCCAGUACAAACGAGCGUGGAUUAUCAGCCUAGGGAAUCCUACGUACCAGGCCCAGACUACAAGGAUAACUUUGGAUCGUCUUCCUUCUCAUCUGCCCAUUAUGGCAGUAGUGAUGGAAUCGGAAGCGGAUCAUCAGGAGCAUUAGAAAGGAGGAGCUUCCUUGGAAACUCAGAUAUUCAGUCUUUGGAUAACUACAGUACUGCUUCAUCUCACUCUGGUGCUCCCCCUCCUCCGUCGGCCUUUUCAGAAUCCUUUCCAGGCUCAGUAACUGGUUAUGGAGACAUUUACCUCAACGCUGGCCCCAUGCUAUUUAGUGGAGAUAAAGACCAUAGGUUUGAAUACAGCCACGGCCCUAUCCCUGUUCUGGGCAGCAACAGUGAUGCUCCUGUGGGGCCAGAGAGCACGCACUCUUUGCCCACAAAGAUGCAUAACUAUAGCUUUGGAAGUAACUUACAGGAAAACCCCGGUGGCAUCGGCCACAUGCAUGGACAGACUUGGACUUCUCCUGCCCAAGGACCUGGCUAUUCCCAAGGAUACAGGGGACACAUUAACACAUCUGCAGUGAGAGGGCGAGGCAGAGGAUUACCAUAUUGAGUAUCUGUUUUUCCUCAGGCACAUCAUUUUUAUCUGGAAAAACUUCCAUGGUUUUAGUUUGGUUUUCGUUUAUCUUGUUCCCUCGCUGCAGUUUAAAGCAGCAAUUCAGCAGACUUGAAUAACGUUAAUUCAACAGCUUUAUUUUUAUGUGGAAAAGGGUCUUGCAUACAGUAGGAAAAAUGACAAACGCUUCAAACUCAUGCUGUCUGAAACGUAGAUAAAUCGAUUGUACAUGUUCACAAACUCGCUCUGGAUUUUAUUUUGUAUUUUGGCCGUUUUAAGUGGAUGCUAAAUUUAGGGACGUCAGCUUUUUAUGGCACUCUUUCAGAUCUUCUGAACUAUGCACAUUUGUGCUUUUUUUGUAAGUUUGGACCAACUUUUAUGUAAAGAAAAAAAGGAAAAAAAAAAUUUUACAACAAUCAAAGCAGGGCACUGAUUUCUUUGGUAUUUUUCUUUUUACCGAGCUACCUUUAGUCAAAGGUCACUGUCAGUCUUUGCACUGCUUUCAGUGUUAUUGUGGAAGGUGUACUUUGUGCUCAUUUCAGAGAAUAAACCACAACCUUUCUCUUGAUGCAAAGUUUUAUAAAUAUUUGGUCAAUGUUCUCUUUUUUUUUUCUUUUAAGAAAAGAGAAAAAAAAAAAAGAAUGGAUGUUCUGGUAAAAUGUUCUCUCCAUCUCCCAGGCUUGUUUAUAUAAAAACUGUUUUACUUGAAUGGUAAGUGCCUUAACAUGGAAGCUUAAGGUCUGCAAACAUUUGGAAGUACUUCAUAGAUCGAUAAUAAAUUAAUCCCUAAACCUCAGUAGUUAACAUGGAAAUUCAGAUAAUAAUAGGCAACUGAAAUAGGUCAUAACUUUGUGCUGUUUACUUCAGGUGGGCCAGUUAUUUAGAGACCUGAUCUUUCCUUGAUGAAGUAUCGUUCCCAAAUUGAUCAUCAUGAGAAAACAGUGGAAGUGAGGAGAAGAAUUGAGUGUAGUUUUUCCUCAGCUCCCUCCUGGAGUUGUAGUAAGUGUUUUAGUUCCUCUGCCAAAUGAACUAUACUUUGUAUGUCCUUACCAAGUGAUGAAAUAGGGUUUUCUUUUCUCUUAAACGUCAACAGCAGUACCUUACUUUGUGUGAAGAGCUGACACUGUCGCCUUUUUCCCACAAAUACUGCGUUUAUAGGAAGUAACCAAAGGAAAAAUGACCAGUAUUUAACGCAACAGCAGAAUGUUUUGACGCUAGUUCUGAUCCUCUGUAAAUUUGUGAUUGUGCCAAUUAAUCGCUUUGAUACCUGCCAUUCCACAGAACAUUUAAAGAUUGGAAUCGGGUCUCUCUGAACACCUGAUCAAAUGACUGUAGUUCAAACUCCUACCAAGAGCCACUCGUAUUAAUUACAACUUCCAGCCUGUUUUUCUUUUCCUUUGACAACAAGCGGUCUCUCUCCUGCAGAGAGGAGGUAUGGUUAUAUUUUGCAUGUACGUAAAAGAAUGUUUUAAAGCCCAUAUUGGAAACAGUCUUCCAACUGAUUAUCCAGUUGACAAAUCGGUACCUUAUGUAACUGAGUGUUUAAUUAUUACUUUUAAGAAAGUAAAAUUUCUACUUACACUAUCACAAA